AUGUGUGAUGCUAGCGAUUUCGCUGUAGGAGCCGUACUAGGGCAGAGAAAAGAUAAGAAACUACAUGUCAUUUACUAUGCUAGUAGAACCCUAGACGCUGCCCAGCUUAAUUAUACAACCACAGAAAAGGAAUUGCUAGCUGUAGUGUUUGCUGUCGAUAAAUUCCGAUCUUAUUUGGUAGGAGCCAAGAUAAUAGUUUACACUGAUCACGCAGCGAUCCGAUACUUGUUAAGUAAGAAAGAUGCUAAGCCUAGAUUGCUCAGAUGGGUUCUUUUACUCCAAGAAUUUGACCUUGAUAUCAAAGAUAAAAAGGGAACAGAGAACUUAGUUGCUGACCACCUCUCUAGGUUAGAACAUCUUAAACCUGAACUAAUACCUAUAGAUGAUCACUCUACCUAUGAAAGACUAGUAGCUGGAAUGAACACAAUUGAGAAGGAUACUCUGCAUACCUCUGGAGAGGAAACCUAUAAGGAGAUCUCAACCUUGAACAACGUGCCAUGGUACGCAGAUAUUGUAAAUUAUCUAGCCGUUGAUAUCAUACCCCCUGACCUAAGUUACCAACAGAAGAAGAAGUUUUUCAGUGAUGUUAAACAUUUCUUUUGGGACGAACCCCUCCUAUUUAAAAGAUGCAUAGAUAACAUAUUCAGACGAUGUGUGCCAGAAGAGGAAGUAGGCAACGUCAUUGAACACUUCCAUGUUGCACCUUAUGGCGGACAUGCAAGCACGUCUAAGACAUGCGCUAAGAUCUUCCAAGCAGGUAUUUACUGGCCUACCAUUUGGCGCGAUGUCCACACUUACAUUUCAAAAUGUGACCGAUGCCAACGCACUGGGAACAUCUCAAGACGUGACAAAAUGCCCUUGAGUAACAUUCAAGAGGUAGAAUUAUUCGAUGUUUGGGGUAUUGAUUUCAUGGGACCUUUUCCUUCCUCAAUGGGUAACAAGUACAUCCUAGUAGCCGUUGACUAUGUCUCAAAAUGGAUCGAAGCUGUUGCAUCACCCACAAAUGAUACCAAGGUAGUUAUCAAACUGUUCAAGAAUAUCAUUUUCCCUAGGUUUGGAACCUCGAGGAUGAAUUACCUCGAUGGAAUGGUUGUGGUUUUCAGGGAUGAAGCACAGAGAGCCCGAUUUACUGCUUUAUCUGCUAGACCUAUGGUACCCACUAGGUACCCCGAUCAAAGCUGCAUGGAAGCACUCGGGAUUGAGCCGAGUAUCAGGUAUCUGUGCAACCAACUUGGCUGGAAUGAUUAUGCUGAUGAUGUCCACAAGACCUAUAGGAACCUUACUCUGGAGUUCCUUAGCUCCUUAGAUUAUAACCCAUGGGUGGGUGAAGGAGAUGGCCGAGGGCGGAUUAACUUCAUAUUGUUUAGCACUGAGUACACCCUGAACAUCAAGGAGUUUGGGGAUUUACUUGGUUUCCAAACUGGACCGACCGCCAUCACUGAGAUGCCAUUGAAUUACUUUUUGAGCAGAGAUAUUGACAAAUUAUGGCAGGACAUUACUGAUGGAGCUAGCCUUGACCCUUCUACCCAGCUGUCAAGGAAGAUCCACAAUCCAGCUUUCCGAUACUUUGAGAUAAUCCUUUGCCACACAUUCUUUGGGAGGAGCUAUGGUGACCACCUAGUCACUGCUGAGGAGGUCCUAUUCAUAUACUGUGCCAGCCAGUCCAGACCCAUCACUAGUGGAGGUUUUCUGAUAGAGAGCUUAGACCACACUGCCAGAUCUACUGUAGGAUUCAUACAUUCCGGAGGGAAUGUGACACAGAUAGCCUCUGCUCUGGGCUUGGACAUGAUGUUAUUUCAGCUGACUCCAUACUGCGGACAGAUAGCCACGCUCCGCAAUGAGGUGGCUGACCUUCAUUUACAGUUGGAGCUAAACGAUGCCUCCUUUACUGGUGAGUUAGAUGAUCUAGCUCGCGAGGUGGCAGAGAUUCGACGCCAGUUGACUGAGCUACGUGGCCCAGACCCUCCUGCAGAGCAUCCUCCCGGUUAUGGGUGGAAAUAG